CCACCCCGCGGCCGCCGAGCCUAUCGCCGGGGGCGCGGGGCGCGGAUAAAGGUAGCGGCGCGGCGGCGCGGCCGGAGCUCUGCGGGCCGGGGCGCACGGAGCCAUGCAGUUCCCGCACCCCGGGCCGGCGGCGGCGGGCGCCGUGGGGGUGCCGGUGCCGCUGUACGCGCCCACGCCGCUGCUGCAGCCCGCGCACCCCACGCCCUUCUACAUCGAGGACAUCCUGGGCCGCGGGCCCGCCGCGCCCGCCCCCGCCCCCGCGCUGCCGUCCCCCAACUCCUCCUUCACCAGCCUCGCGCCCUCCUACCGGACCCCGGUGUUCGAGCCCACGCCGGUGCACCCCCCCGCCGCCUUCCCGCACCCCUCGGCCGCCGCGCUGGCCGCCGCCGCCGCCGCCGCCGCCGCCUACGGACCCGGCGGCUUCGGGGGCCCCCUGUACCCCUUCCCGCGGACGGUGAACGACUACACGCACGCCCUGCUCCGCCACGACCCGCUGGGCAAACCUCUGCUCUGGAGCCCCUUCCUGCAGAGGCCUCUGCAUAAAAGGAAAGGCGGCCAGGUGAGAUUCUCCAACGAUCAGACCAUCGAGCUGGAGAAGAAGUUUGAGACCCAGAAAUACCUCUCCCCGCCCGAGAGGAAGCGUCUGGCCAAGAUGCUGCAGCUUAGCGAGAGACAGGUCAAAACCUGGUUUCAGAAUCGACGCGCUAAAUGGCGGAGGCUAAAGCAGGAGAACCCUCAGAGCAAUAAGAAAGAGGAACUGGAAAGUUUGGACGAUCCCUGCAGCCAGAGGCAGGACUUGCCCUGCGAACAGAACAAAGGUGCUCUGGAUAGCUCUCAGUGCUCGCCUUCCCCUGCCUCUCAGGAGGACCUGGAGUCCGAGGUCUCAGAGGAGGAUUCUGACCAGGAAGUGGACAUUGAGGGCGAUAAAGGCUAUUUCAAUGCUGGAUGAUGAUCACUGACACGGGCACCUUCAGAAAACUGGACUUGGGAAUGAUAUCUGCAACAGGAAAUCUCUGCAGACAACCGGCAAACUGUGUGGGAGAGGAGAUCAGUUUGCUGGCAUUCUGGGAACCGAACACACUUGGUGCACUGGCUAACUAACAAGCUCACCUUGAAACCUUAAUUUUGACCUAAAGCAAUUUAUAUAUUGAUUUUCGUUUGUACCAUAAGGGGACUUUUCACUGGUUAAAUUUACCCCCUUUUUAAAAAGUAAAAUUCCCCCCCCCUAUUUAUACAAAGUAAUUUUGAAUAUUUUGGUUGACUUUUUUAAGUUAUGACUUUAAAGAUUUUAAUGGGACCUUCUUGAAUAACUUUCCUAUAAUCUGUAUCUUCAUCCCACGUAACAGAAAACCAAAGGGUACCCCACAUUCAGAGGUAUGCCUUGGAAAGGGGGCCCACAUUUCGGGCAGCCUUGAAAUAUUUUAAAAGGGAACAUUCUUUACUUUAUAUUACGUUCUUAUACCGCUGCCUUAAAUCCAAAAGCGGCUCAGAGCUCAUCUCCGGGAUGUGUGUGCCUUUUGUUAGAAAGAGAUAGUUGGUAAUCUUAAAAUGCUUGUCUUGCACUAUCACUUAGUACCUGUUUGACUAAGGUGCUAAGGAUAGUGCUGCCCAAUCCAGGCAGAAAAACUGACUCCUUGGCGACUGAAAUUACUAGUAAGCCCAGGAACUAGGAAUCGCAGGUUAAUGAAAUGUAAGUAGACUGUAGAUAUUGUGUUUUACAUCAAACAGUGUUUAUAAUGUGUAUAUGUGUAUAUAUAAUUGUUCCACUGUAAAAAACAAACAAACAAAAAAACAUGGCCAAAAUAUUUUUUGUGUGUUUUUUAAUGAGUAACCUGCCUAUAAAAUAAAUCUGUUGGUGAGAUGAC